AUGAGGACCUUCAGGAGCCUUGCAUCUCCGCGUCCCCUUUCCAUCGUCCAAUCGAAUUACGACCGCUUGCGCGUUUUUUAUAAAGACAAGGUCAAGCGGUCCGAAGCCUUUCGGGAGGCGUGGAACGACCGAGUCGACCAGACCGUCUUGACCGAACAUCUAAAAUCUGAAAUUCUUCGGACUGUGCGAGCACUUCAUGCCGCACAGGAGAAAGCCGAUCGUGAGAUCGCCGAGAUACGCAAGCAUAUGGACGAGGCGGGAGAAUGGUUGGUGGCUGAAUGCGACAAGUUGUUACACAUCCUGGACAAGGCCAACAGCAAGAAGUCGAAAUACAAAAAAAACGGCCUCCAACUCCAAGAGGAGCUGCGUCGUGCACUCACACAAGUAGCGGGUCUCCAGGCCGAGCAGGAAAAGCCUUUUCGCGCGCUCAAGCAGGUAUCGGGGCUUGAGGCCGAACUGGGCGUGGCGCAGAAUUCUAUAUCCGCCCUAUCCGCAGAGUGUGAUCAAUUGCGUCGCAUCUUAUCGUAUCGUGACGAUACGUUGGACCAGAUGCGAAUUCAGCUCGCGGACGUGGCUUCCGAACGUGAUCUCGCAUUGCGAGAUCACACGACCCUUCGGGAUCGCAUGGCGUUGCUAGUGUCUGGGGAUACUUCAGCCACACCUACGAAGGUGGGAUCGUCUACCCACACUCCCGUUCCCGUGACUCCUCAUCCGAUGUCGAACGGUUCAGGAUCGAUUCGCAAGCGAUCUCGCGAUCUUCUACCAUCAUCAACUUAG